UUAAAUCAUAAUAGUGUUCAAAAUAAACACACGUUGGUUUUGUUACAGUUAGCAUAAAAGUUCUCAUUUACGAAUGUUAAUGCGUACCGUAUAUAGAAUCAAAAAUGUGUGAUGAAGAACACAUUGACGCUACUUCAAACGAAGUAACUUCCAUAUCAGAUCUGUGUGUUCAAGCUACUGACGCUGCAAAUACUUCUGACCAAGGACCCUUGCUGUCUAAAAGGCAGCGAAAAAAGAUGCUAAAACUACAACAAUGGGAAGUAAAGAAAAAGGAAAAACGGUUGAAAGAGAAAGAAAAAAUGAAGCAGAAAAAGCUAGAAGCCAUCAAAUCCGGACAACCGGUACGAAACGGUCCCAGCAGGAAAGAACUGAAACGGAAUAAGGUGGACUAUAGUAAAUCUGACAUUACGGUGGUGGUGGAUCUCAGCUUCGAUGGAAUGAUGAUCGACAAGGAUGUGGCGAAAUGUGUAAAACAAUUACUCAGAAUCUACACGAUGAAUCGGAGAUCGGAGAAACCGAUUCCUCUACAUUUCACCGGGAUAAAAGAAGGCGGUGCUAUCGAGAAACACCUUAAACGAAACGAUGGCUAUCAGCACUGGGAUGUAAAGUUCAGUGCCGAUUCGUUCUUGCAGAAAUUUGAUAAACCAAAAAUUGUUUAUCUCACAAGUGAAUCCAACAACGUUCUGUCACAGUUGGAAAAGGACCAUGUGUACGUGAUUGGAGGCUUGGUAGAUCACAAUCAGCACAAAGGACACUGCCAUGCGCUGGCCAGUGAAAUGGGUAUCAAACAUGCUCGGUUGCCACUGAGUGAGCAUAUUGUGAUCAAAACGAGAACCAUUCUAACUAUCAAUCAGGUUUUUGAAAUUUUGAUGAAAAUUCAACUCGGAAGGGAGUGGCAAGAUACUUUACUCGAAGUGUUACCAAUGAGGAAAGGAGCCAAACCAAUCGAUGAAGCUUCCGAGGAGACUGUACAGAUCGCAGAUGAAAAUAUGAAUGCUAGCUAGCGUCGUAUUUGAGUUUUGAUUUUUAUCGAUAAUGAAUUGUAUUAAAUUGCGAUAUAUUGAAUUGUA